AUGAAGCUGUUAACAUGCUAUCUAACAGUAGCAUUAUUGGCACUCGUCAAUGCUGCAGUCGAUGUUGAGAAAACGGUAAAACAAGUUCAAAGUAUACUUCAAGCGAAUGAAUUAUUACCAAGACUCACUCGCGACGAAAUACUACAGCUCCUUAAUGAUAUUCGUGAAGAAGAUGCGAAAACUGAAUCGCAAACAAAACAAUCUAACGUAGAAAAAAGUAAUCUGCAACAGACAAUUAAAACUGCAAUCCACAGUUCAAAUGAAGACAAUGAAAUUAGUAGUACAGUGAAAACAACAAGUACAGAUCAAAUUGAUCCAAAGCAAAAAUCAUUCAAUAGUACUACAAGUAGAAUUUCUACUAGUACUGUUGAAUCAACAACUAAAACAAAUACUCCUACUCUUACUGUUGUUUUACCGUAUACCCCUCGGGAUGGGUCUUCCUUGCAAGAACUGUACACAAGACCUCCUAGAUUGCAAAUUGUGGACGAAACAACCACUCCGAAGCUAAAACCGCUGAAAAGAACAAAAUAUCCUAACAAUAAAUCCAAAGUAACAAAUAAACAAAAACUAGACAUACCUGCAGAAUUACAAGCAUUUUUAGAUGCACAUGGUCUAAAGGAUAAACCAGGAAAAGACAACUUUUUAUUACCUCUGGAUGGAUUUAAGCCAUUACCACCAGCAAAAGUGGUUGAUGGAACAGUUCAACUGCCAGAAAAUUUAUUACUUACUUAUGAUCUUAUUUCACAGUCAGAUAAAGGUACAACUUCAAAAAAAAAUCAGGAAUUUUCACAAAGUAAUUUCUUGUAUGAACCUUUGCGUCCUGAAAUACCAUUUGAAUUAGAUACUGCGGCAUCAAAUUCAGAACAAAUUAGUCUACCUCUUGAUUUACCCAAACCAAGAAAAACAAAAGCAGUAUCUGAAAUUCAAAAACCUAACUAUCAACCGAUCGAUUAUGAUUCAGUCAAAGUUAUACCACUCAAUAAGGGUCCUAAUCCUGAAGAAGACGACGUUAUUUUAGAUUCUGAACAAAAUAAACGGCAAACUAAUGAUACUGCAAGUCAAGAAAACAUAACAACUACCGAGGUUUCUAUGCCAGAAAAUGAUGCAAAAGAUGCUUUACCAACUGCAUCUGAUGUAGUAUCUGAUUCUGAUACUGGAGCAUCAAUUACAGAUUUAGAAGAUUCUUUUGGAGGGGCUGUUCCUUCAAAACCAGGCGAUGCUGAUCUUCCUCCACCUAGAAAAAAUGGAUUUUAUUGGAUGUUGGAUUGGAAUAGUUUCUUAGAAGUUGGUGAUGGGGACACAAAAGUUAAUAUUCGGUUUGAGCCAAAAUUAGGUGACCCACAAAUGUUUUUGCCAGUUAAUGUUCCAUAA